GCAGAGGUGAUUCCCGAUCGAGGCCACGUGCGUCACACAGGUAGUUGUUGACAUAAUGGCAGGUUGGAGUACACAUCCCACUGAGUGAAAACAGGUUGCUAUAUUUUCACCUUUACAUUUAAGUGAUCCGCACAGUAACUAGCUUGUCGAUGCGGCAGACUCUCUUUCACUUUCGAUUCCUGCUUACUCGCCUGGACUUACUUUAACUACUGAAAAGUUGCUCUACGAAGUCUGUGACGUUCUCGAUGGCGAGUUAAACCAUUUUUCAGCAGCCACCGACAACAUGAAGUACGCUUGAAGUAUGUGGACAUAAACAACCAGUAUCGUCGUCGUCGUCGUCGUCCUUCAGACAAGCUGUCAACGCGUGUCCAUACAGGAAAUGGAAUUCCAAAAUUUGUUGCUAAAGGUGGGUAAGGCACUGUCUAAAGAUGAAGUGAAAGCCUUGGUCUUUCUUUGCACUGACCUCCUGGACCAAAAGCCAAACAAGGUGGAAACGGCCAGUGAGCUCUUCUCCUGCCUGAUGAAACAAGACCAUCUCUCACCUGAGAACCCACAGCUCCUGACCGAGCUUCUGGUCACUACUGAACAUCAUGCCCUGAUCCGGGAUCUCUGUCUCGCUCCACAUACGACAACGAGCUUUAUUUCUCCCUACAGGAAGCUUCUUUACAGCCUCUCUGAAGAAAUUACUGAUGGUGAUCUGAGAGAAGUGACGUUCUUGUUAAACACGAUGAUCCCACGUAGAAAACUGGGGGAACAUAUUACUACACUGGAAGUCUUCUUGGAGAUGGAGCGCAUGGACCACCUUAGCGAAAGUAAUCUAAACACCCUGGAGACCAUAGUGAGGGAGGUGUGUCCCAUGCUGAAUGCUAAGAUCAACCAGUUUAAAAAACGGCGAGUCACCUGUCCUGUUAUGACAACUGAUGCUAUAUCAACUCAAGAAAAGGAGUCCGUCACCAUGCCGAUAUCGCCAUCUACAAACACACAAGAUGAGGGCUUGGGAACAUAUCCCAUGACAUCUGAAAAGAGGGGCAUCUGUUUAAUUGUUAACAACGAUAACUUCAGUAAGUCCAGCCAACUAAGGAAACGGGAAGGAACUGAAGUGGAUCAAAAAUGUCUGCAGAGUGUGUUUCAGUGGCUCGGCUUUAAAGUGGAGAGCCACCAUGACUGUGACACGAACCAGAUGCUCUCUGUGUUCAAGGAGCUUGGCAAAAGAGACCACAGUCGGUUUGACUGCGUAGUGUGCUGUGUUCUGAGUCAUGGUGUGGAAGGCAGCGUGUACGGUGUGGAUGGAUCCACUGUCAAGAUCAGUGAUUUGACGGACCUUUUCAAUGGAUUAAAUUGCCCGUCUUUAGUGGGCAAGCCCAAGCUGUUUUUCAUCCAGGCCUGCCAGGGAAACCACGAGCAGCAAGCUGUCUUCAUUGAAUCUGAUAGCUCUGCAUACAGCUUUCAUUGGACUGAUGCUAUAAAGGCUAAACAGGGUAUCCCAAAUAGUGCAGAUUUCCUGCUGGGAAUGGCCACAGUUCCUUUUCAUGUUUCCUUCAGAGAGAGAACCAAUGGCACCUGGUUUAUUCAGUCUUUGUGCCAAAACCUUGUUCAGAUGGUGCCCAGGGAGUUUGAUCUCAUGUCAAUCCUGACAAAAGUGAAUGCAGAUGUUAGCAAGAAGAGUGAUCAGUAUGGUCAAAGAAAGCAGAUGCCUCAGCCAGCCUUCUCACUCAGGAAGAAGGUGGUGUUUCCGGUUCCCAACGUCCCUACUCCAUCUAUUCACAAAGCAUCGUCAAAUUCUUGAUUUUUACGUUACUUCAGAGCUGUGGAUGCAGAUCAAGAAUUAAAUGCAACAAUUUGUUGAAAUGCAGAAGUUUUCUAUCAAAAUAUUUUUAAUGCAGUUUGGUGUAGAAUAUUUUGAAUUUUAGUCCUCUGUGAUCAGGAUUAAUGUUCUUAAUAAAUGUGGCUCUCAAUAACCUCA